GGUUUUGUGGGAUUUUAUUGAUCCAACCAGCUAUUGUAGGCAGGGAAAGAGCACAUUAUUACGUUUCCUUCUUGGCAGGACAUUACUAUGUCAUCAGACGGAGGCACACGGGUUGUUUGUUGAGUCGUAAUGGAUUAUCAUCAUCCGAUUCCUCCUGCUCUUGCAAAGAUUGAUGCAUUCACUCGGCGAGUUUUGCAAGAUCAAGACGCAGUUUUUUUUGUACGUUAAUACGUCGCCACAUGUCCCUUACAAGGAUGAUUCUGGGGCGCAAUAAUCACGCAGUUUACACUGUUGCUCUUGCCGUUUGUUGGAUUUGUGCGAUUGGGGUUGGUGGCGUUGGGAGUCUUCUUCAUCCGGUCAUUCUUGUUCCAGGCGAUGGUGGGUCACAGUUGGAGGCAAAGCUGGACAAGCCUUCAGUGGUGCAUUACCUCUGCACCAAGAAAACGGAUGACUACUACAACAUCUGGCUUAACAUGGAACUCCUCGUCCCUCUCAUCAUUGACUGCUUCAUUGACAAUGUCCGCCUCGUCUACAACUUCACCUCGCGCACCACGGACAACAGUCCAGGAGUGGACAUCAGAGUACCAGGCUUUGGAAAUACCACAUCCGUCGAGUAUCUCGAUCCAUCACAGGCAUCCCCCGGCCUCUACUUUAACCACAUUGUGGAACAGUCCCUCAUUCCGCUGGGCUACGUGCGAGACAAUGACAUUCGAGGAGCUCCGUACGACUUUCGGAAAGCACCUAACGAGCUUGAAACUUGGAUGGACGAUUUUAAAGCCCUGAUCGAGGACUCGUUCACUCGUGGUGGGAAUAGUUCCGUGAUCCUCAUCAGUCAUUCCAUGGGUGGACCCAUGGCCCUGUACCUCAUGCACAAGAUGAAGCAAGAGUGGAAGGACAAGUACAUUAGGUCCAUCAUCACCCUGGCAGCCCCCUGGGGUGGGUCGGUCAAGGCCUGGAAGGUGUUUGCGGCUGGUGAUGACCUUGGCGUGUACGUCCUCCCCGCUCACACCAUGCGUGGGAUGCAGAGAACAUCGCCCUCGACAGCAUUCCUGCUCCCUUCCAAGAACUUUUGGGCUGAUGACGAAACGUUGGUCUCUUGUCCUGGGAAAGGAAACUACACAGUGAAUGACUACGACCGAUUCUUUCGGGACAUGAACUACCCUGAAGGGUACGCGAUGCACAACGACACGAAGGAUCUGCUGGGUAAAUUGGACCCUCCAGGAGUGGAAAUUCACUGUCUGCAUGGACAAGGGGUAUCGACCGUGGAAAGCAUGAUCUACAAGGAAGAAAAGAACUUUCCGGACAAGCCUAACCUCAACUUUGGCAAUGGGGAUGGGACGGUCAACAUUAGAAGUUUACGAGGCUGUAUGCGAUGGUCCCCUAAAAAAAGGCUCUCUGUCAUACGUCGCUCCCACUCUCCUCGUCGCAACUACGACCGACUGGCCAAGUGGAACUGGGUUUCCGAACUGAAGAAGGAGGGUGUGAGGACACAACGCUCGGCGGUCCAUCAUCAAGAGUUUCCAGGCGUCAACCACAUGGAAAUCUUGAGAGCGGAGGGAGUCGUGACCUAUAUUCGAGACGCGGUCCAGAAAAUCAAUUCGGAUCAAUCGUGACCUCCGGCAAGUGGAUUAUAAUUAUUAUAAUUAAUGCCGCAAAUGUGAAUCUUAAUCAAAUAUUGGUUCUCAAAUAUUUUUUGUAUAAUUAAAAUAAUUCGAAUACGUACGUAUGUAAAAGUACGUACACAUGUCAGAAUCUAAAUGAGUGGAAUAUUAUACAAACCAAAUGUUGAAUUUCGUUAAAGAUUGUUACUUUGUUUUGUACUUAAUUGUGAGCUAGCCCGUUCUAUAAUAACUCUUGCGCUAGUCCUUUUUUUAUUUUAUUUUAGUCCAAAUGUGAAGCAUAGUUAAUAGAGAGUAUGUAUACAACGACACAAAAUACCCAAAGUUGGCAAUAAUAAUGGAAACUAUAUACUUUAUAUGCACAAUAAACAGUAGAAAUGUACACCCA